CCAAGGCUCUUUUAUUCGUCGUUUCCGCUUUGCUUGUUGUGGGAUUCGCUGCUGCAAACUCCGAACCGCAUAAACCUGAAGUCACGAAAACCAAGCCAGUCGAUGAGGAAGCCAAGAAGGCUGUCGGCGCACCUGCGCACCGGCGCACCUGUCGGCUGGGUUUCCAAAGAUAUAAGGGUCAAGGCCAAGGUCAGCAGUGAUACCGUUCUCACUCCGGUGUCAUACGCCAAAGAGAAGGAUUUCUAUGGUGUCGUAUAUCCCGACUACAUCGUCAAGAUCCGACUUGGGGCUGGUUCGGCCGAAAGAUACAUCCAAGCCCGUAUCUACCAUGGUAUAUUCGACGGCAAAUACUAUUUGGAGAGAGUCAAGGACGCUAGCCGAGAUGAUCCAAUUACAUACAUUUCCUAAGCGAAGCUUUACUCUCCAGAAUAUUGGCUAAA